UAUGGAUUCACGUCGUUUCCAAAGGUGGCGCUCUUCUUGGUACAAGCUUCACUAUGUGAAUGGUAUUAUUUGGGACAGUAGAAAAUUCUAUCCAUCAAAGUUGCAUACAUAUAUUAAUAAGUUUUGGAAGCUUCAAGGAACGAUUUCUGUGAUUCAGUUUCUACAAAAUAAAUUUACUCUUUGCUUUGAAAAGACUGAAGAUCUCCUUCGCAUGCUUCAUAAUGGUCCUUGGCUCCUUAACGCUGGAUUAAUUGUUUUGCAAGAAUGGCAGCCUUUCACUGCUCUUCAGUCAGUUUCUUUCCAAACAGUAGAUCUUUGGUUAUACGUCUAUGGUUUACCUGUUGAUCUUUAUACAUUAGAUAUGGGUCGACUGUUUGGCAAUCUUUUUGGUGUUCUCUUGGAGUUUGAUCGAGAGAGUCCAUGGAAUGCUUAUGGGCUUCAAUUAAAAGCUCGCUUGUUGCUGUCAUCUAAGCUUAAAUUUCAUGGUGUUUUAACUUUUGCAUCAGGUGCUUGCUUUGAUUUUUUCGCUCAAGUUGAACGUUUAGACAGAAUUUGCUUUCACUGCUUACGCAUUGGUCAUGUGGAGCGCUCUUGUUCUGAAGUUCUGUCUAAUCACUAUCUUGAGCUUGUUUGUUCUUGGUUUAUACACGGGUUUUCUGAUUUUAGUAUCAUGGUGCGCUAUGACUGGGAGUUGAAUUAUUAUUAUCAAGAAGAUCCGCUUUGCAAAAGAUUCAACUUUCUCUGUGCCCAGAUUCUUUUUGUUCUAACAUUCCUUCAUCAGAUGUUCCAAGAAGCAGUUUCUCUGGCUGGAGAAUUAAUAUCAGUGGGGACGAUUUUUUUUGAAAACCUUUCUUCUAUGACAGAUGUCCAUUUGCAUGAAUCUUUUGAGGUGUCAUCUUCUAAUUGUACCAGCUGUCUUGAGUGAAAAUACUCCUCCAUCUCUAUGCUUAGUGGCAUGACUUGUCAAGUGAUGAAAUGUGAAAAUCACAGAGAAUUAGUCCUCCAGAUGUCUUCUUGCAUGAUGCUUUAGGCCGUGAGAAGAAAAUGCUUCAAAGUUGGUUUAUUCAAUUCUCCGAGAUCUUAUUCUAGUUUGGACUCAAAGCUUCAUCAUUGGAUCUCAAGCCCUCUGGUUUCGUUUUUUAUACCCAAUGUCCUCAUAACGCAGGCACAAUUGUCACCUGGGCUUAUCUAUUUGUUUUGUUCAAGCCACGUGCACUUUUGCUUAAAUCAGGCUUUUCCCCCAUCAUGUCAUGCAAGUUCUAGGCAACAGUGAUGAUGGUGGCGACUCUCUUCCUCAUUCCUCUUCAUCAGUGCCAAUAAUCAGCAAUUCUGAUAAUUUUCUUCAAGCUUCAGAUUCUUGUGGCUCUCUCUUUCAUGAAACUCUGACCUCAGAUGAUGACUCAAACAGCCGCAAGAGUCCAUGAAUAUUAGAGUGGUUUCUGAGUUUCUUAGCAGCCGCUCAGAAACCCUUGCAGUGCUGCUGAAAUGAGUUUGUUUUGGUCGAACAGGGUAUCUCUUCAUCAAGUUCAAGUGCAGCUUCCUGGACACUAUCUUCUCUUUUCCUUCGUUUCUUUGCUAGCGAAGAAAACUCAUUUCCUUCUGGAACACUCUUUUUGCUUCAUACUCCUUCAACUCCUCAGUGAGUUCGAAUGAAUGGAGGUUGAGAAGCAAUCUUCCAACUCAACGCAAUGGUGUCUGGUUCUUGCGUGAAGACUUGAGCAGAGCUAUCAUGUUCUUUGUCUUUUCUUUACUGUCUGUUAUGUUCAUUGUGUUUGUUUUUUCCCUUUCUGUUAGUUUUUUUGUCUUUCUUUUUUGUUGUUCAGAUUUGUUUUGUAUUUCAUCUUGUAUUUCUGUUUUAAGUUUGUGCUUGUAUUUGGGCCCAUGGAAUUUUUAAUUCCUUGGGCCUUUUAUACAUAUUAAUCGUUUACUUUUACUUUUAAUAAAAUUGACUUCUGUUCCAAAAAAAAAAAAUCAAUGAACUGAAAUUACACCUUUAAAUGCUGUUAAACUUAGUGAAUUGAUUCCACACAACGUCAUUUUUUCUCUGGAUGCAGAGAGGUAGCACCAUUUGCGGUAGACUGGUAGUAGAGAUUCAGAUUCCCUCAACAACAGUGAUAUUGGCCGGGAAUUAAUUUCCUCCUCCUUGUGGCAUUACUCUUGCUCAACAGAAAACAGCCGGCAAGGCUUGACCAGGACUUAUGGAUCACCAAGAUAUUUGAUUACUCUCUACCCCUUUUCUCUACACUGCUGCUUCUAUAUCUCUUCGGUCCUCCUCAAAGCGAAUUGCAUCAAAUCCUAGCAUCAUUAAAUACUCAAUAUUGUAUGCCUUGUCGACUUUUCAUGCCCAGUUUCUCCUUUAUGUGCUUCACAUGGCAUGUGGCCGAAUUUGUUGAUAUGAUAUUGCAGAAAAUGACUUUGGCAAGUAGUAACUGCCAUGGAUUAUGGAGAUAUCAGGCUUUUACUAGCAAUUUUGAUUCUUAUUUUCUUGGAAGCUAAAAUAAUGCAUGAAAACCAAGGAAAAAGGGAAGCUUCUCUUCUGUUUCGGGUUGUAGAAGCAUGCCUCUGGUGCACCAAAUUUCUGCAUCUUUGGGAUCCAAACCCUUCAAACUCUUUGGAAUUCGUUUUUCCUGUCCUCAAUCGCAUUUCCAAUUGGCCCAGCUGAUUCAUGUGGAAGCAGCGUCGAAUGAUGACGUUACUGCAAUUUGUAAUUCGUUUAGAAGAGGCUGGAGUUGGGAUAUCAUUAGCAGAAAGUUUGAUUCUUUUGAAUUGAAUGAUGCAGUUGUGGAGAGAGUGCUGGUUGAGUUGAAGAAACCAAACGAUGCCGCAAGUGCUUUGGGUUUUUUCCACUGGUCAACAAAGAAGAAAAACAUUGAGCAUGGGAUUCGACCUUACUGUAUAGCAAUCCAUAUUCUGGUUAGAGCCAGGUUGGUCAUGGAUGCUCGAGCACUACUUGAAUCACUUCUGAAGAAAAAUAAGGACAGCUCUGUGAGAUUUUUGAUUGUGGAUUCACUGCUUGAUAGCUAUAAGGAAGGAAAGUUGCAGAAAAUUGUAAGAACAUUGGAUCAAAUAAUGGGGAAGAGAAGCUAUCCUUCAGUGAUUGUCAACUCUACCUUAAUUUUCAGGGUUUUAGAAGAGGGAAGAAUUGAAGAAAGCAUGGUAAUGUUGAAGAGAAUGUUGCAAAAGAAUAUGAUUGCUGAUUCAGUUGCUUACUCUUUAACUGUAUAUGCCAAAGUUAAAAGAGGAAAUCUGGAUUCAGCAUGGGAGGUAUAUGAAGAGAUGGUUACAAGAGGUUUUCAACCAAAUAGUUUUCUUUACACAUCAUUUAUAGGCGCGUACUGUGAAGAGGGCAAAAUUGAAGAAGCAGAAAUUUUAAUCCAAGAAAUGGAAAAAAUGGGCUUGAGGCCAUACCGUGAGACUUUUGAUCAUCUUAUCAUGGGAUGUGCUGAAACAGGAUGGUUGGAGAAGUGCUUGAGAAACUAUGAGCAAAUGUUGAGAAUUGGGCUUAUUCCCAGUUGUUUGGCAUUCAAUAAGAUGGUAGAAAAGCUCUGUGAAAGUGGGGAUGUGAUGCAGGCCAAUGCCAUGUUGACAAUCUUGUUAGAUAAAGGGUUCGUACCCAAUGAUUUAACCUACUCUCAUUUGAUAGAGGGUUAUGCCAAAAAGGAUGAGAUUCAGGAAGCUCUCAAGCUGUAUUAUGAAAUGGAGUACAAGUCUUUGUCUCCUGGAUCAUCUGUUUUCACAUCAUUGGUACUGAGCUUCUGUCGUAACGGAAAUUUGGAAGAUGCGGAGAAGUAUCUCAGGGUUAUGAAAAGUCGCUCGCUAACCCCCAAUGCAACUACAUAUCAGACAUUAAUUUCUAGCUACCUGCAGAAUGGUGAUAGGGCAAGAGCUCUUCACUUUCAAAAUGAAAUGGCUUCUUUAGGAUUGUAAGCCUAGAUACUGUGCUUGUGCAAAAUAGAAGUGCAGGUGGCUUUUCAGAAUCAAUUGCAUCUUGCUGUUUCAGACUGAUUUUCCUGGAAAUAGCAAAUGACUUUUCCCGGUGAUAGGUCAGACUCAUUUAUGUUAUAGGGCCAUGUAAUUCCAUACCUGAUGGUAAGUAAUUCCAUGGAAUUCCAAUGGACAAGAAUUGUAUUAAUUUGAAUGGAUGAUUUAUAGGAGUUUAGGGCUUAGUAAGCAAUUCAUCAAACCAUCCUCUUGUAUGUUAGAGGCCAAAUCUGCCAAAUCUCUGCUUUUGUAUCUUGAAUCUAAAUAUGUUAAAACUAUCAGAUGCCUCUUCAGAAAAAAACCCACAAGCAUGUUCCAUCUCUGAAA